CGAGAUGGUAAGCGGAUGACUUGGCGACACUUAAUCUGUAACAUAACCUUGACACGAGCGUUGUAUUUUUCGUAUUUUCUCCCUCCGAAAUUGCCGUCUUUCAAUUGGACACCAUUUUGUUUAGACUCUCCUGUAGGUACAUAAUAGUUCACAAAAAUGUCCAACUUUGUUGCAAUUCUCACUGUAUGUUUUACGAUUUUUCCAAUUUCUACUGAAUCUAAAUAUAUUCCAAAUCGGUUCCGCCGACAGUAUGGCUGGGCAGGGUCACCAUACUACGGAAAUGCGCAGUAUUACGAGACACAGCCGCAGCAACAGUGGUCGUCUCAAUAUCAGAACAAUCAAAACUACUAUUCUCCAUACUUUUACGGGUACCAACAUCAGCAGACGUGGCAGAAUUCAAACCAAAACCAAUACCAGACAUUGUACAAUCGACCGUCAUGGAUCUCUGAGAACACUGGAGGCAAUAACGGAUAUGCAACAGCGCCGCCAAGUUACAGUGAAGGAGGAAGUUAUGCUCGGCCAAAGUAUCUGGCAACAAUGCAACCGAAGCCGACUAUUUCUCCUGUAAUCCUCGAACGAUCCACAGUUUUUGUGACGCCAGAAACAGUGGGGUCAAUUGAGAGUGGUGAAGAUAGAAAACAUCCAACAUUUUUGGAACGUCUUGGAAGUGCAACUUUACCAAUUGCUACAAUUAUUCCUGGAUCGGAAGAACUAACAAGUGCCGAAGAACGUGGAACUUUGGGGAAUGGGGAGUUGCUACCAGGGCGGACAGAAGAAGAAAAAGAAGAAGCGUCAAUCGAGAAUGUAUCCACGAUUCCAUCCACAACAAGUGCAACUGAAAACACAUCAUCAGAGACUUCAGUAUUAGAAAAAGACGAGAUCACAUCUUCUGAAUUUUUUGCGACAUCAAGUGAGACUACUGAAGCUCCAGAAACAUCAACCACUACUGAAAAAGCGACAACUACGGAAAUAACUCCAGUUUCUUCCGAUAGUCCAGCAAUAGAAAGUACGACGACUACCACAGCCUCUCCAAAAACGUCCACUACGCUUACACCAGAACCUAUAACAACAGUACCUGCAAAGGAUGUAAAGCCAGUUACACUUUUAGCAUUCCAGGAAGUUAGCAAUGAAGUUACUUCCAACGUCUCUAAUGUAACGCAACCGACCGUAGAUCAAAGCACAAGUGCUAACAAUUUGAAUGAAAUUGGAGAAGGGUCUGGGACGGAGCCUCUUGCUACAUCUGAGCCGCACCCUACUGAAUCUAAAUUUGUUACGGGAAUUGUUGGACUGCGAGCUCCGCCAAUGCCAAAAACCAAUGAGAAGGUGGGACUUGAAGUUGUGGAAUGGACGGAUUCUGAUAAUGAAGUUAGAAAAGUUCUUCUUACUCAAUGAUUGUAUUUAAAUAUUGUAUCUAUAAACUUUUUUCUCCACGUUGACACAAAUUGAAUAAUAAAUCUACUGAGCUUCA